AUGCCUCUUGGGAAGGCUCUCCUUCAUUGUUCUCCAGAAAUGGAGAGAAGGCAAGACAAGAAGCAGGGCCUGGUGCAGAGCCUCAAUUCCUACUUCAUGGAUGUGAAAUGCCCAGGAUGCUAUAAGAUCGGCAUGAUUGUUAGCCAUGCACAAAUAGUAGUUUUGUGGGUCGUCUGCCCCACUGUCCUCUGUCAGCAAACAGGAGGAAAAGCAAGGCUUACAGAAGAAUGUUCCUUCAGAUGGAAGCAACACUAA